AUGGACAUAACCGAAUUUGAUAUUCCUUUAUUUUCACCUAAUAUAACUGAGAUAAAUUUCAGCAUCUUCGAUUUAUGGUUGAGAGGAUACAAUGAAGAGGAAGUGUUAUGUGUUCUACAAAAUUCGUUUUAUUUCGAUUUAAAGAAAAACAAAAAGGAUGAAAAGAAUAAGAAUGAAGAAGGGUCGCAUAUAAAGAAAAUAACAAAUGAAGAAAAAAAAGGUGGGAAAGGAAAAAUGCCCAUAGGAAGAGCUAAAGAUAAUGUUUUCUUUGUAAAAAAUAGAAUAUUGAAUAUUUUCAAUACUGAUAAUAAUGAUAAUAAUUAUAAUUCAAGAAAUAUAUUUUUCCAACAUUUUUUAUGCUUAUAUAUAAAGCAACAAUUUUAUAUAUUUAAUAUAUUGUCUUAUCAUUUAAUGAAUUUAGAUUUACGUUUUUCCAAUUUUUAUGUUCCAAUUAGUAAACAUAAAGCAUUAAAGUUAAUAAGAAUUUAUUAUGAUAUAGAUUUUAAUUUAGAAAAGGAAAUAAUAAAAUAUAAAAAUAUUAAUAAUAUAAAUAAAUAUACAGGUGAACUAGUAAAAGUCACAAAUAUUCAUAAAAUAUCAGUCAAAAGACAAAUAGAAAAUAUUAAAAAUAUGUGGAAAUAUAUAAUAAAUAUAUAUGAAGAGAGAAAUAUAAAUAUAGGAAAAUUACAAAAAAAAAGAAGAAUCACUCUAAAGAAAAUUGUCAAAUAUAUUAAAACACGUUUUAGAUUUUCUACAUGCUUUUCAAAAAGAGAAAGUUUUAUUGAUUAUGAUGAUGGAAAUUGUCGUAACGGAUCAUUUUUAUUUAAAAAAAAAAAGAAAAAAAGAAAAGGAAAAGGAAAAAAAAAAGGAAAAAUGGAAGAUAGACAAGUUCAAUAUAAUGUAAUAAAAACAUUAGAAAAUUUAAUAGGCAUAUAUUUAGCAAAGAGAUAUUUUCGUUUAUAUUGGAUUAUAGUAUAUCAUAUAGAAAUACCUAAAAAAAUUAAUAUUGCAUACCCUUAUUUUAAUAAUAUUAUUCUCCUAUUAUUAGAAAAAUUGGAAAUUAACGAUUUUAUUUUAUCCAAAGAAUAUAUAAACAUAAGUAAGGAUAUAUACGCAACUUAUAAAAAUAACAAAAAUAUGGAUACCUUGAAAAGUAAAGCAUGUGUAAUAGCUGAUAUUAAUAAUAUACUAAAAAGCAAAGUACUAAUUAGGCUCAAAUGUAUUUUAAAUUUACUGUGCUGUUUUAGAAAUUCAUAUGAACUAACCAAGUUUAUUUCCAUAUUCUUUGAAUUGCAAAAACAUGAGCCACUAACUAACGAGAAGACAUUCAUAAAACAGAAUGUUGGGAAUAAUAAUUUUGUUAAUAGGAUUAUGGGUUUUAUAAAGGAAGCUGAAAAUUAUUCCAAAAUAAAGAAGGAAGAAUAUGAAAAGAUACACGAAAAGAAUAUUAACGUAUAA